GAGUAAUAAUGAGAGUCAGUGUGUGAGUGCCGCCCGUACAGACAGACAGACAGACAGACAGACACAGAUACUUGCACCCCCCUCCCCUCCCACCCCGCCACCACCAUGACGCCACCACGACCUCUCACCACCACCACCGGUUAUUUCCUCGUGGUGGUCGUCCUCGGCUUGGUGACUCAGACCAGCCUCGCCCAGCACUUGGAGAACGACCUUCAGUCUCUCCUACACGACCUGGAUGUUAAUCAGGGCGCCACGCAGCUCUCUGACGGCGGCGACGACGACUUCGAGGUCGAGGUCUUCUACCGUCCUGAACCCGAGGAACGAGCGGGGUCCCCCUCCACCAGCUCCUCCUCCACCAGCUCCUCCUCGAAGGGCGGGGGGAGUGUGAGGAGGCUGUGGGGCGUGGCAGACACUGAGGCUCAUGUUGGGAGGCUCUUCUCUCACCCCAUCCCUGCUGACGCCUUCGAGGGUGACGUCCUCUCCUACCAGGUGAAGGGGCUGCCAGCAUGGUUACAUUGGGACAGUGGUCGGGGCGUGGUGGAGGGCGUGCCCCGACCAACCGACCGCGGGCAUCACUACGUCACCAUCAGGGCGGAGGGCAAGGAUGGCUCUCACGCUAAGGAUGUUUUCGCGGUUGAUGUGGUCGAGCUGCCAGGUUCUACGAUAUCCCGGGAAAUUGGAUGCCAUCCCAAACAGGACGUAACGAUGCUGUCGGUGAUUCUUGAAGCCCAUCUGCCUACCAUGGAAGCUAAGACUCGAGUCAAGCUGCUUCGAUCAGCUAUGAAUUUCUUGGGAGUGAAGGAGCUCUCCCUCAUGGUGGCUCCUCAUGACUUUGAUCCUCUGGCGGAUGAUUCAGCCAUCGUAGCUGGACCAGGGAGCGCCAGGAUGGGCAACAGUGGCCACCGCUCAGAGAGUCUAUCCCAGCUUCAGUGGGCCGUGGGAUGUGGCGGUGAAGUGACCAAGAAGAAGCAGGGAGAAGUUGAUCAUACAGAAGCAACAGCCAAGGGAGGAGAACUGCAGAGAGCCGUGGGUGCUCCAGUGUUAGGGUGGCACAUGACACAGAUGAACCCAGCCUCCAAGAGGGUGAGGAGGGAUAUUGAUUACUCUGGAGAUGAUGGAGUGAAUUAUGAAAAUUAUGAUUACAACUAUUAUGAUGAGGAUGAAGAGGGUGUGUUCCUGACCUUUGAUGACUAUGAACCAGAGACCAGAGUUAUCCCCUCCCUAGCAACUCCUGUGUUUCCAGAGGCAUCAGCCACCUACUACCCAGGUCAUGGUGCCAGCCCAGAUGGUCCAUUACACUUUUCACCUGUGCCUGUCUCAACACCUGUGUAUGUUCCUGUCAAGCCAACACGUGUUAUUGAGGCCAGUCCAACAGUGACGUAUGAGACGGCGUAUACAACUGAUUCACCGUUCCUUCCUGAUCUUGAGGGUUCUAUUACACGACAGCCAUCAACCUCAGUUGAGUCUACAACGCCACUGACCACCACAUCCACCAUAACCAAGAAGCCUAUCAGUCCCACUAGACCUAUUGAAGCCACCAGUGUACCCACAGUGGCAGUGACGACAGAGAUUGGGGCCAAGAACUUGGCACCUCGCAUCAAAAAUCGUAUCCAGAAAUUGGCUUGGAUUGCUGGACAUGUUUACCGUCUGCCAAUUCCCCGAGACACCUUCCACGAUUUUGAAGACGGAGACACCAGUAACUUGAGGCUGGUGUUCAAGACUUCACAUGGAUUAACAAUUGGCCACAAUUCCUGGAUCCAGUUCGACCCAAGCAAACAAGAGAUUUAUGCUCUACCUCUGGAAAAAAAUAUUGGCCGUUACACCUACCACUUGGAGGCCAUAGACUCUGAGGGGAAGACCAUCACAGACUCCAUAAUGAUUCACGUGCAGCAGGCCAGACAGGCACGCAACUAUAAUCACAGAUUCACCGCCACAUUCAAGCUGGAAAAGAAAUAUGAAUUUAAUUUCGUCUACGCACUGGAAUGGCAGGUGAAGGCUGUAGAGAAGAUUGCUCAGGCCUACAAUGACCCAACAACGGAAAACAUCAAUGUGCGUUCCAUCUCUCUAGACCCAAUAAGGUUAACUUGGACCAACACAUCGCUGGCUGACCCACGUUCCACUACCUGCCCGACUGAUGAACUGGAGAAUUUGGCUGAGGUUGUCAUAAGUGGAGAUGACCAUGAAAUGACACGUGAGAUUAAGGAAGCCUUCCAGCCAGAGUUUCACCUCAAGCGUGUUCAUCUUCACUACCUCGGACCUUGUGAACGGCAUGGUGGAGCCAAGCCAGGCGCUCCUAGGGUACCUGUUCAACCAGAAGAUCCAGUAGACUCAGGUGGCAGAGGCGAGACCUUCUUCAAUGCUCCACCGAUAAUACGUAACCAGAUUGACUUCCUUAACGCCACGCAGGGCUCCUUGUUCCGCUUCCAAGUUCCUGUUGAUACCUGUUAUGACCUGGAGGACGGAGACUCUCGUCGCUUGACGAUGCGUUUGCUGACCUCAAACUUGUCCCCGCCCCCUCUUGACUCCUGGCUUCAGUUUGACGCUGCCAACCAAGAGUUCUUUGGGAUUCCUCUGUCCGGUGAUACUGGGAAAACUGAAUACAUAUUGGAAUGUGUAGAUGUAGGUGGAGCGAAGGUCAAUGAUGCCUUGUUUGUCAACGUUUUACCAAGACCAUCAAGGAAGUUGCCUCCAGUUGAGUUUUCCAUAAAUAUUGAUACUAACUAUGAACAGUUUAUGAGUGAUGCCCACAAAAAAGCUCUUUUAAUUGACCGUAUCAGAGAAGUAUUUGACGACAGUGAUGCCAGUCACGUUAUUGUGGACAGUUUCCGUAAAGGCUCUGUAAUUGUGACAUGGCACAACAGGUCAUUACCAGCAGAGCCAUGUCCUAAUGAUGAAAUCAGGAAUCUAAGGGAAAUCAUGGUGGAUGAUAACGGACAUUUAUUGCUUGAAUUUGUCAAUGCCUUCUCUCCGGAUUUCAAGGUGGUAGGAGGAUCUGUAAAGCCUACGGGUGCAUGCUUGGGUGAAGACACUCCCACCCACAUUGAAGAGGUGACUCAUCGUCCCUCAGUUGAUAAAGAUCUUCAAGGGGAGGACAAUGAUUACCUUCUCAACUUCAUCAUCCCUGCUGUUAUCAUUGCUGCUAUGUUGCUCCUCGCUGCUAUCAUUGCAUGCUGCCUCUACCGUCGACGACGCUACGGGAAAAUGACCAUGGCUGAUGAUCGCACUUUUGUCAGCAAAGGCAUUCCAAUCAUCUUUGCCGAGGAGUUGGACGACCGACCCGACCCAGCCAAAAGUCCCGUCAUAAUGAAGGAUGAGAAGCCUCCACUACCACCCCCAGAGUACCAGCGGGGAUCAUCCCCAGCUGCCUCGUCAACUCCACCCACCUCCGACCGUCGCCGUCCACAGUCUGGUGACGUAGGAGACGAUACACCUUCCUACCAGCCUCCCCCACCUUUUACUGCCACAAAUGGAGCCUCCCGCCAUCCUCGCCCCAACAUGCCGCCCACGUACAGGAAGCCACCUACAUAUGUGCCUCCUUAAAACUAGUCUAGCAAUGUCAAAUUAUCCCUGUUGGGUGAGAAAAGGUAAACACUGUAAAUUACAGCAGUUCAUAAUGCCUCAAUUGGUUUUGAUAAUGGUGCCUAUAUAGUGGCUCUCCCUGGUUCAUUUAGGGAGAUCUACACCUCCAAACGAACAAAUGGAGGGAGAUGUAGGGAAAGUUUUUAGUUUCUAGAAAAUGUUAAAAGUUAUUUAAAAUUUUAUUGAUAACUAAGCUUAUAAUGAAAAAAUAUAUAUAUAUAUAUAUAUAAUAUUAAAGGACCGAAGUAUUAGAACAUUAUAGUGUAGAACAAAAUAAAAUCUACAGACUAGUUAUGGAACAAUGCUUCCCUAUGAAUCUUCCUUCCCUUUAAACAAUUCUAGAAUAUUGUACAAGUUUGAAGCUUAAAUAUUAUUAUUAAAAUAUAGAAAUUAAAUUAUGUACAGAUUCAAGUUGAAUUUAACAUCAUCCAUAAUUAAAAAAUGCUUUGAAAUACGAAUUUGAUAUCUGCUAAAUAAGGGUUCAACAUUAGCUUUAAUCUCAAGAAGGGAGGGAGAGUAUAGUUUACUUGGCACAAAUGCAUCUUAAUGUAUGGGAACUCUUCCAAACGAUGUUUGUGUUUCACAUGAUCUGUACACUUGGGGUUUCAUCAGAUGGUGUAUUCACCUAGAGAUGUGCAACAUAACACAUUGUAUUUAUACACUUGGUGUUUUGUUUCAGCUGGUGCAGACAUUUGAAAUUGUGCACCAAUGAUAUUUCUGCCUACUGUGUGGAAGAUGGUAUUUACACAUGGUGUUGUGUAUUAAACAAUAAUUAUUCCAGGUGAUGUACAUCAGCACAAAAUGCUUUGCAUGAAAUCACUUUCAUCGGAUGUAAUAUGAACCUCAUUAUUUUUACUGUCUUGUAUGUUUGUUUGUCUGUGCUGGAAAAUCUGUAUGUUUUCAAUGUGGACUGGAGGUGGUCUAUCUUUGCUUAUUAAUAGUAUUUAUAUAUGACUUCAUUGUAAGUGUGUCAGGCACCAAUAUCUUGACAAUCCAAGGCCAAAUUAUCUAGAAUUUUUUAUCAUUUAGCAUAUAGUUACAUGUUUGUGAUUACAUAUCAAACCAUAAAAAGCACAAAAAUAUUCUUAAGUAUAAGAAAAGAUUAUAGUUACUACAGAUGUGGUUUUAUUGGCUUGUAGACAACUUUAUCUUGGUGUAACUAUUCAGAAACUGAGAAAAAUUAAAUUUUUUGUAAACUUUUGUACAUUUGACUGAUAAAUGACUGUAAGGUGUUGCUGCAUCUUAAUAUAAAAUGUGCUGUAUACUUGUCAUCCGUUUACACUUGUACAUAACUACACUGUAAUUUUUGUUGGAUUAGUGAAAUGGUGGGGACAAGUGUAAGUUAUAUUACCUCAGUCACCAGAAGCACCAAUGUCUGCAAAAGUUUCCCAACAUCAUCUGAAACAUUGGUAGCAGACUACUGGAUUUGUCUUGAACAUUCAUAGCUUCACUUGUUAUGGAAACCGUGUGACAUACUUCUUAGGGAGUACCAGCCAGCCAUAACAUUAGUUUCUUUGGUGAGAUGUCUUGUGCCCUCCCUCAUUGAAUCCCCUACUUGUUUACUAGUACUGUACUCAGUCUAACGGCCAGUUUGGCUCGCAGGCAUGAAUGUUUGAUUGAAAGGGAUAAUUUGUCAGUGCAGUAGUUGAGAGCAAUAUGAUAUAGGUAAUGUGUACUGCUUUAAUGAUAUGAUAGAUUGAUAAUGGUAGUGAAUGAUUAACAUUUCCAUAUGUUCAAUCUAAUGGAAACUUCCCUGUACAUUUUAAUGUAAUUUACAAAAUAGUGAAGGUUUUAUAUUUCUUAAGGUGUUAAAGUAGAAGCUCUGACUGCUUUAUAUUCAAGGUGUGUAUGUGUGUAGGUCAUCAGAGACCUUGACAGUAAUAUUAGGAGAUUUUGAGAGUCAUGUUUGAAAUGUUGCAAUGUUUUUCUUUUCAGAAGGGAAAAGAUAAAUUAAAUCUUUUGUUUAUUUAAAUUUCACAAUUUUGAUGGUAUAUUACAGUGUUAAUUGAAGGAUUUAACUAACACAGGUCACCCAAUUGAAAUAAAAGCAAGUAGUAUUUUUCCUUAUACUGGAUACCUCAUUCUAGAGGAAGAUGCAGUUGGUGGUAUCUCAGGGUUCCUGGCAUAAGGCCAAUAUUAAUCUUUUAUUUCUGGUUAUGGUGCAGCUGCAUGUAUGCUCCUUAAGAUGCUAGUUCCCUUACUAUUUACCUUAAGGCACUUGGUAGCAGCUGAUUCAUGAUGGUGAACUCAUUGCAAUUUUUGUUUCAACAUAUUUUACUAAUAAAUAUAUUUUUAAUUAUUAAUUCAUUGUAACAGAAAUAAGUAGCUAAAGUGAAAUGUAAUCUAAUUUGCCCUUGUAAAGGUUACAUUUUAUGCUUUUUUAAGAUAGUAAAUUAAGUAGUUCUUAUGCUUGUUAGUGUGUGUGUGUGUGUGUGCUGUCAGUCAUGUGCCUGUGCUUCAUAAAUAAUAAAAAAAACUUCCUGCCGUAUGGUAGCAAAAAUUUCUGUCCAAUUUAAAUAUUUAAAUAAAAAUUUUGACUGUAAAUAACUGCACCUUCCAUUCAGAAACCUGUCCUGGGAGACCUUCAAAUAUAUAUACCCUGUAUGCUUUAGUUUUUGUAUUAAAAAAUCUAAAAAAUUAUUGUGUGAAGAAGUGUUACUCUAGUUUUUUAACCAGAAUGGUACAGUAUACAUGUAAGAAAUAGUGAGGUUUACUCAGCUGAGACACGAGUCAAGAUCGAGGUGUCAAGUUAAGGCACAAAGGUGGAGUGAAUGGCCUGUGUGUGACUGCCCUGUAUAAUUAAGUUAUUAGAGCAAUGGUAAUAUUCUACAAUUCCUAUUUUAAGCCAUAAUGCAGGUUUAGAUUUUUCGUUGCCUUGUAAUUUGUACGGUAGCAAAUUAAUUUAAUGACUGUGCCACCAGCAGGUUGAGAUCAGUCCUAACAUACUUGGUGACAGUUUUAAACCCUGCACAGUUUAUUAAAGCUGUUUGACCAUGUAAAAACAGAAAUAAAUGGAGAUUUUUAA